AUCCCUUUCUCUGUAAAGUUCACAGAGUCCCCCUUAUCCCCUACUAAUCUCUCUCUCUCUACCAGAGAAGUCAGUACCAAUCGCAGGCAACCGCCGCCGGUUGAUGACAACGAGACCUAGUCCUUGGGCGUAGCCGGCGAGGAGAAGCAGAGCGGAGGAAGGUCGGAAGUCCGCCUCGCCUCACUAGUGAGACGGAGUCGAUCCCCCGCCGUUAACUGAUGGAAGUUAUGUUCGGUCCUCCGACGUUCAACAUCGAGGUUGCGGCGGCCACGGCGUUUGACGGCGUCUCUCUUACGCCGGAGAAUCCAGCCGCCGUAGUCGAGACUCAGAACCGAGGUCGGACGAGUUUUCGCGGCUCCGGAUCUGGUAGCUCGAUUGGGGAAAAUUCGUCGGGGAGUUCGUCGUCGAUUGGAGUUCCUGACGGCGAUUCUGAUGACGACGGAGGCAGCGGUGAGGUUCAGAGCAAGUCGAAGGAAGGAGGAUUAUGCAGAUUAGAUUCUCUUGAAGACGCUCUUCCGAUCAAAAGAGGAUUAUCGAGCCAUUUCUCGGGGAAAUCGAAGUCGUUUGCGAAUCUAUCAGAGGUGAUUCAAGUGAAAGAUUUAGAGAAGCCGGAGAAUCCUUUCAACAAGAGGAAGAGGAUUUUAAUGGCGUCGAAAUGGUCGAGAAAAGCUUCGUUCUACAACUGGCCAAACCCUAAAUCGAUGCCUCUGUUAGCCCUGGACGAAGACGAAGAAGAAAAGUAUCACAAAGAAGCAGCUGCAGGUUCCGAUUCAGAGGACAGAGAUCGAGGAAGCGAUGAAGAAGAUGAAGAAGAUGAAGAGAAUGAACGAAGAGGACGAACCCUAGGGCACAGGUUCCAUGAUCGGAAGCUCGUUAAUGGCUUCAAAUCCAAGAGCUGCUUUGAUCUGCAGAAUAUGAACAGCGAUAACUCGCUAUGAAAUGAAACCCUUAAGCCUUUGUUCUCGACUUUAAAAAAUAAUUCCUAUGAACAAAAUGAAACGAAAAAAAAAAAAAAAACUUUUUAUUUUUAUUUUUUUUUAAUUUUAAUGUUUCAGAACUCCAUGUAGAUAAAUUAAUAAGUUAGGUUUUAUCUA